CAUACUAUUAAAAUAAGAUACUUGGCUUAAAAGCUAGUUUUGUUUUAUAAGCACCUAAGGCAGAGGAAAGACAGAGUUAUCAUUUCAAAGAAAAGAGAAAACAAGUAAGAACAGUUAGAUAAAGAAAAAAGUGUCUUGUGACUUGAAAUUUGUGGAGCAACAAUGGCAACACCAAAAAGAUCCUAUGAUCAACAACAUCAACAAGUGAAGAACUCAGGAAUGAUUAGCAACAUGCAAAGUCCAAGAAGAGAUGAAAGGGAAGAGGAAAUGUCAAGAUCAGUUCUAGCAAUGUUCAAAUCAAAGGAAGAAGAAAUUGAGAGGAGAAAAUUGGAGGUUAGAGAUAAGGUUCAUGCUCAUCUCGGUCGAGUCGAAAAGGAAACACAGCGAUUGGCUGAGAUAAGACAAGAGAUUGAGGGAUUCACAGAUCCAAUGAGGAAGGAUGUUGCAAUGGUUAGAAAGAAGAUAGACAUGGUUAACAAAGAGUUGAAGCCAUUGGGUCAAACAUGCCAGAAAAAGGAGAGAGAAUACAAUGAAGCUCUUGAGGCUUUCAAUGAGAAAAACAAAGAAAAGGCUCAACUUGUUACAAAAUUAGUGGAGCUUGUGACUGAAAGUGAGAGAAUAAGGAUGAAGAAGCUGGAAGAUCUAAGCAAAAAUAUAGAUACACUUCACUAAGAUAUGCUAGUGAAAGUAACCUUGUGGGUUCAGUGUGCUGUUGACUAGAAUCCUUAUCAUUUAAUGUUGUAGAGUUUGUGAUUUCAAUGUAUUUUAAUUUUUCUGACUUAGGGAAAAAUUGUCUAAUAAAAGUGUGUACUAAACACCUGAAUUGCAAAAUUUUUUUUCUUAAAUUCGCCGUAAUUAGGAUAUUUGACUCUUUGCGAAAACUAUAUACUUUGAAUAGCUCUUUAUAUUAUACUAUUGUUUAAUUGA